AUGUCCGAUAUAUCCCCUGAAUCCAUCGUCAUCCAGCUCCCCGAAGAGCAUCCCCGGCUACCGCUCGACAUAGCUGAGAACAUCCUCUGCCGCCUUCCGGUGAAGACCCUCAAGCGCUUCCGUGCCGUGGACAAAUCGUGGCGUGCGCUGAUCGACAGCGAGAGCUUCGCCAAGGCGCACUUUCACAGCUCUCUGGCUUCCAAUUCCAACCGGAACAUCAUUAGCUGCAUAUUCGGCUUCCACGCAAUGAACAUCGAGUUUCUCAGCACCCCGACAGACAUGGAGCCACCGUUCGAGUACAACAACAAGGACGUCGACUCAAUAGAGCACAAGGUUCUCCCCAAAUGCCCGGUUAAAUUGGCACCCAGAUUGGCCAAUGCCUGCGAGAACAUGUACGGCUUCGCCUACGAUGAGGAGAAUGACGACUAUAAGGUCGUCAAAGUUAUGUGGCACAAAAAACGGCCCUUGUCUGAGGAGUGGGUCUACAGCCUGAAAUUGGAUUCAUGGAGGAAAACCAAGGCCAUGAAAUACCAGAUGGGACAUUGGCCCGUCCCCUUUAGAGGCGCUCUGCAUGCACUUGCUGGCAACGAUGAUGUGAAGCUGAUGGGUUUCAACAUCGUGACGGAGACGAAUUUCGAGCUGCCGUUGCCCAAGCUCGAUCACGAUAUCGAGCGUCCUCAUUUGACGCUCGAGCUAUUCGACGGCACGAUGUUAGCUCUGGCAUGUGUGUAUGCGUCAGAGGUUGUCAUCUGGGUGAUGAGGGAAUACGGGGUGGCAGAGUCGUGGCAGGUGAUAUUCUCCAUGCCGAACACGCAAGGGCCCAUGUGGCCUCUUGCUCUCUCAAAGGAUGGGGAGAAGAUACUCUUCAAUUAUCGGGGCACACACUUUGCCUAUUUUGGCUUGAGGGAGCAUAGCGUGCAGGACAUUGCCUUGCCAUAUAUUGUGUGGCCGAGACUUAUAGUGGAGACGUUGAUUUCACCGCAUUUCUGGGACAAGAGGAAAGCGGUGGAAGAAAGCUCUACUAAGGAGCAGAAGAAGAAUGGGGGAAAGGGGAGCAAGGGCAGGAAGAAGAAAGAGAGCAAGACGAAGGGGAGUAAGGAUGACCAUGACCUCUCAGCUGCGUUCAACUCGGUUCUUUGAAAUCCAUGAGGUGCUUAUGUUCUUGUCUAUGCCUAGUUUUUUUGUGCCUCUCUUCUUUCAGAAAGCUGGUUGUGAAUCUUAAGUAAAAACGAAAAUGUUAAUUUGAUGCUGGGAAUUUAUUUUUUGGUGUAGUCGUGUAAAUUUUCCUAGUAUAUUACUUACAGGAUGGUCUCAGUUAAUGAAAUGGUUUCAGGUGUUGUGUUGUCACCGAUUUGCAUUAUUUG